UCCGCGAAGCGGAGUGGUUUGAUGUGUGUGACUAACGUACAGUAUAUAAAUAGACUUGUGAAUUUAAAAACUAGUAAUUCAAAUGACAUUUUAAUUUUAUUUACCACUAAAAAUCAUUUAAUAAUUUAUUUUGAUAGUUUAAUUAUUUAUUAAUUUUAUUUCAACACAAAAAAAAAUAUAAACAUUAACACAAGUGUAAACAUUGAUAAAUUUUUUUUCUAAGGAAGUGAAAGGAAUCUAAUAUCGUAUUGGAGUUCACAUCGUGACCGGUGCUGUUAAAUUUAUUUUAAUAGUUUACGUUUAUUUUUAUUUACCAAAUCAUUGGAUGACGAUCGUGACUGAAAUAAAUAAUGAUAAUGACGAUGAUGAUGAUGUAUUAGGUUAAGGAAAAAAACACGUGUGCUGUAGCAAUAAAAACAAGGAUAUUCUAUUCCGAUUGGCUGGAACUUAAACUAGAAAAACUUCCAUGGUGAGAUGAGCCAGAAUGACCGAUAAUUCGAAUUAAUCUACGAUAAUCCUGUGACAUGAAAACCAUUUGAAAGUGUGGCUGGAUUAAUAUAGACUGAUAUGUCACUACUACUAACUCGUGGAGCCCGCAAGGGUUCUAUUCUCUGUUUUUGCGCUCUUAUUUUUCUAUUUGCACUCUACGAACUUGGAAUUAUAUGCGGUAAUACUAAAGAUCAGUCUUCCGCCAUGAUGAUACCAAAAGAGAAAUAUAUCGUUGGAAGUUUAGAUAAAAAAUCAUAUAUGUAUGAUCGAAACAUGCCAUUAAUAUUUAUUGGUGGAGUUCCAAGAUCAGGGACAACUUUAAUGCGGGCAAUGUUAGAUGCCCAUCCAGAUGUAAGAUGUGGACAAGAAACACGAGUAAUACCUCGAAUACUUCAGAUGAGAUCUCACUGGUUAAAAUCCGAACGUGAAAACGUUCGUCUAGUUGAAGCCGGUAUUUCUAAAGAGGUAAUGGAUAGUGCUAUUGCAGCAUUUUGUCUUGAAGUUAUUGCACGACACGGAGAACCAGCACCGCGACUAUGCAAUAAAGAUCCUCUGACAUUAAAAAUGGGCUCUUAUAUGCUCGAGUUAUUCCCAAAUGCUAAAUUUUUAUUUAUGGUUCGUGAUGGCCGUGCAACCGUUCAUUCAAUUAUAUCCAGAAAGGUAACGAUAACUGGAUUCGAUUUAUCAUCGUAUAGACAGUGUCUCACGCGAUGGAAUCACGCGAUAUCAUUGAUGUAUGAUCAAUGCAAAGAGGUGGGUCCAAGUCGAUGUUUGAUGGUACCUUAUGAACAGCUUGUACUCCAUCCACGUGAUUGGAUGAAAAAAAUACUCAAUUUUCUCGAUGUACCCUGGAAUGAAUCUGUUCUACAUCAUGAAGAAUUUAUAAAUAAACCUGGUGGUGUUCCACUUUCAAAAGUUGAACGUUCUUCUGAUCAAGUUAUAAAACCCGUGAAUCUUGAAGCUUUGACUAAGUGGGUAGGACACAUUCCAGACGAUGUUGUCAGAGACAUGCCAGACGUAGCUCCAAUGCUUUCAAAGCUUGGCUAUAAUCCCUAUGAAAAUCCUCCUGUUUAUGGAGCACCCGAUAGUCUUGUUAGCGAUAAUACAAGAAGAGUACUUGCUAAUAAUGAAAUUUGGGAAGCUAAAGUUAAACAAUUUGCUCUGGAACAACGUGGACCUGUGCCCAUGAUAACUGACGACGAUGUAACUUCUACGAUAUCAAAUGAAGCGUGACAAAUAAAAUUUUUGUUAGCUGUUUAAAUGUUAAAUAAAAGAAAUUAACGAAAUUCCGAUAAUUAAUUUGCUAUUUAUAUUUAUAAAAUUAUUAUAUUUUAAAAGAAUCCAAAUAAAUAAUUACAAUAAUAAGUAAAAAAAAAACUAUUUACAUAAAUAUAAAUAAAUAAAGAAAAAUUUAUAUA